AUGGUCACGGCUAGUCUCUGGUCAACCGUCUAUUCCCCUGUGAGAACGCUCUGCAGACGCUUUGUAAAUUCUGAGUGGGCUUCCUUCAUUGGAGUGUUAGCGACUUUCAUAGUCUCUGGUCUGGGUCACGAGGCAACCUUUGCCUGUUUAACCCGUGAACCGCCUACUGGAGAGGUGACGUUGUUCUUUGUGUUACAUGGAGUUUGCGUGGGGGUUGAAGUUUUGGUGAAGAAGAAGACUUCCGUGGGGCGGUGGCCGGUGAGACAGGUUGUGUCACGGCUGCUCACGGUGGGGUUCUUGUGUGUGACUAGUGGUUGGCUAGUUUUCCCUCAGUUAAAUCACGUGAUGGAGAGAAGCGCCAGUGAAGCCUUGCUGGUGGUUGAUUUCUUCAAGCGCAAGCUAUAUGAUCACGGAAACAAGAUGCUACGUCUUCAAAACCCAUUUGAGAUUCUCGUAGGCUCACUAUAUCUCUGUAUUCCGUAUGAUCACUCCGUGCAUUUUGUAAGGUUUGUGGCCACGGGAUAUGUUUAUGUUGGAAGAUCAGCAUAUUUCUACUCUUCCAUAUGCGCCAAAGUAUCCAAAUUGGUAGUGUACAAAACCAAGAAUCUGAUUGAGCUUGUUGUAUGCAAACCUGUAGCUGUGAUAGUAAUGAAGUGGAGGAAUCAAUUAACUGUGGUGGCUGAAAUCCUGUAG